AUGGAACUAUCACCGUUAAAAUACACUUUUCUGCUUACCCUCGUCACUACAAUAAGAGGAUUGAACUCUGAUAUCAACAUAACUGAUGUGACAACAAAACAUGACCGUGUGCCAAAAGCUAUUAAACGCCAAGUUAAGUUGUAUUCAGGAGUUCGACCGACUCCAAUAAUUUGUAAUGAUGAAGGUUUUCAAGAAGACCCUUUGGACUGUAGCAUGUUCCACAGAUGCGUGAGAUCAGGAAAAGGACGAUUUGUAUCGUUUCGAUUUCAGUGUAGUCCGGGAACAAUUUAUGAUCCAGAUACAGAAAUAUGCAAUCAUCCAGAAAAAAUUAAAAGAGUUGCUUGUGGCGGAGCAAAUUACAAAUCAUCUAAACAGAUAGAUGAAAAUGAAAUAAAUCAAGAAAUACCAACACCAAUAAGUACUGAGGAGCCUUUUAUCGAAAUAUUACAUACUGAAAAUCGAAACAAGUCGAAACUUUUUAUUUCAUCAAACCAAAAAGACAUUGAUAUCAGUAAUUUGCCACAUAAGUCAACAACAUUACCAACAUUACUGAAAAAUAAGGAUAAUGACUUUUAUUCUAAUAGAGAUCCACAGAUAAAAUUAAAAUUCAGUACACCGAAAGGCGUGUCCUUCUAUAAUAACCAAGCAACGCUUCAGACCGGUGAAAUUUGUAAUGCAGAUGGUUUUAUGGGUGACAGUGAAAACUGUCGUAAGUUUUAUAGAUGUGUUGGAAACCAGCGAGGUGGAUUUAUAAGAUAUGAAUUUUUAUGCAGUGAUCCUACUAUUUGGGAUGAGGAUAAACAAGGCUGUAAUCAUGUUUGGAAUGUUAAAAAACGACGUUGUGGAAGGGGUAACAUUAUAGCAAAAGAUGUUAAACAAGGCAAUGACAGUAGUAUAAGUAAAACAGAUGAUCCAUAUAAGAAGCAGCAAACUAACGCACGAAUUCAAUCACAAAUUAAUUACGGCUCAAAAGUGUCUCAAGUACAAAAUCAAAUCAGUGACGGUAUAGUUACCCAAAACCAAACUCAAAUUAAUUACGAAAGUGGUCAAGAUGUUCAGCAGAAUCAAACGCAGAUAAGCUAUGGUACGGUUUUAAGUCAAAGCCAGAGUCAAAUUAAUUUUGGCCAUAAAGGAUAUCAAACACAGUUGCAAAUCGAUCAUUCAAAUAAUUCUAGUCAAAUGCAAAGUCAAGUCGUUCAUACAACAAGUUCUACAACGGUUACUUAUAGUAAUAGUAAUCUGCAAGAUUUUGAUAGCAGUACAAAGCAAACUUCAAAUAACGGUUGCAAUGUAAGUGGUUUCACCGGCGAUACCAAUGACUGCAAAAAGUUUUAUCGCUGCGUUGCUAAUGGAAGAGGAAGCUUUACACGAUAUGAAUUCUCUUGUGGUGAAGGAACAGUUUGGGACCCUCAAUUAGAGUCUUGUAACCACGCAUGGGCAGUCAAAGGAUGUGGCGUUAAGUUAUCUUCUGACAGCUCAUCUCACAAUAUAAUUGAAACUGGGCAAAGUUCAACGGCUGCUUAUCCAAGUACCGUAAUAACUUCAUCGACCCAUAAUUAUUACACAUCUAAUGAACCAGUUCCAGAGGAGAACGAAAUAUCAUAUGUUAAUCAGCAAUUGUCUUCUACGGAAAACAAACCAGUUUCAAUGAUGACAGCGGCACAACCUACAAAUGGUAAUAAUUGUAAAUCAAGUGGAUUUAUAGGUGAUGAUAAUGAUUGCAAGAAGUUUUAUAGGUGUGUUGAUAAUGGAAAUGGACAAUAUACUCGUUAUGAAUUUAAGUGUGGUGAAGGUACUGUUUGGGAUUCAAAAAUAGAAGCUUGUAAUCAUCCAUGGGCCGUUGAAAAAUGUGGAAGCACUCAAAAUAAUGAUAUUGUAAAAGAAGAAAUCUUAGCCACACAAGCAACGCAAAUUACUUAUCGUCCUCCACAAUCACCUUCUCAUGUAUCACAGGAAAGCGAUGACUCCGAUAUUGGCUAUGGACCACAACAAGAUGAAUUUACAUCAGAGUCAGUUGUUACUAUUAGCACUAAGAGCACAACAGAAGUGACUACAACAAAAGUAUUUCAAAAUCAAGAAGAAGGUAGUGAAAAUAUAUGCAAAACAAGUGGUUUCAUGGGUGAUAAAAAAGAUUGUCAGAAAUUUUAUAGGUGUGUUGACAACGGUAAUGGAUCGUAUUCAAGAUUUGAGUUUUUUUGUGGUGAAGGAACUGUAUGGGAUUCUAAAAAUCAAGUUUGUAAUCAUGCUUCAUCUGUACUAAAUUGCAGCGGCAGUUCAGCAAUCGAUAUGAAUGAAAUCAAAACAACAACUCAUAAGAACAUGGAAAUCAUGACAUCAUCCACUAUAGAUGCCACAACUCAAAAUUUAACAAUUGAUGAUGAAAAUGAUAUAGGUUACGGUCAAGAAAAUAAUAUUACUCCUUCAUCUAGUACCACUACUGAAUCUCAACAACAACACUCAGGUAACAACUCAUGUACAUCCAGUGGUUUUAUGGGUGACAAAAAUGAUUGCACCAAAUUUUUCCGAUGUGUUGAAAAUGGUAAUGGAGGUUUUACUAAAUAUGAAUUUAAAUGUGGUGAAGGAACUGUAUGGGACUCCAAAAUUGAAUCUUGUAAUCACGCAUGGGCAGUAGAAACAUGUGGUUCUAAUGAUUCAGAUAAGCACCCAGAAGCGACUUCUGAAAUAUCUAUAAUAUCAAGUACUCAAGGGAACCAAAGUUCCGAAACUACUGUUAAACAUAAUGAGGAACAUACUGUAAAUCCCACACAAUAUACUACUUCAACAACUGUAGGAUAUAAUCAUUCGAAAACUAAAUGUUUUAAAAGUGGAUUUUUAGGUGAUAGUAAAGAUUGCAAAAAGUUUUAUCGAUGUGUGGAAGAUGGUCAAGGAGGAUAUAUUAAAUAUGAAUUUACUUGCGGUGAAGGUACUGUUUGGGAUCAGAGUAUAGAGUCUUGUAAUCAUGAGUGGGCCGUAAGUAACUGUACUCAAUUGGAAAACUAUAACAAUACUAACAAUGUUGAGUCCACUACUAUUGGAGUAAGUACUGAAGAUCAAGGAUCUGGUAAUCAAGAGUCUACAGAAAUAAGCUCUACUUCAACGAGUACUAGCAAGCCAAUAAGUAGCAUUUGUAGUGGUGAUGGUUUUUAUGGAGAUGAAAAUAAUUGUAAAAUUUUCUACAGAUGUGUUAAUAAUGGCCAAGGUGGCUACACAAAGUAUAAUUUUACUUGCGGAGAAGGUACAUUUUGGAACCAAGAUAUACAAGCAUGUGAUCAUGAAUCUACCAACAAAUCUUGUAAGCCAAAUAUUUCUUCACCAUCAACAAAAGAGCCAAAUAGUAUUAACGAUGAAAUGUAUUCAGAAACUUCUACAGAAAGCAUAAAAACAACAUCUGGAGAGUAUAACACUCUACCUGGAGAAGUAUCCCUAUCCGAUGACAAAUGUAUAAAUGAAGGAUUUUAUGGUAAUUCGAAGAAUUGUAAGAACUUUUAUCGUUGCGUAAGUGAUGGUAAAGGUGGAUAUACUAAAUAUGAGUUUACUUGUGGAGAAGGCACAAUUUGGGUUCAGGAAAUACAAGCUUGUGAUCACGACAACAAUGGUAAAAACUGCAGUAACACAGUAACUACAUCAAAACCGGAACAAGUUCAAUCAAGCACUGAAAAUAAUGUACAGUCACAGUAUACAGACAUCGAAAACGCUGAGGGCUCCACCAAACCGACUUCAACUGAAUGCACUGCAGAAGGUUUUUAUGGAAAUGAGUUAGAUUGUACUAAAUUUUAUCGUUGUGUAGACGAUGGACAGGGAGGUUUCAUAAAAUAUGAUUUUGCAUGUGGUGAAGGUACCGCAUGGGACUCCGAUGUUAGUACCUGUAAUCAUAUAAGUGAAGUUAGCGAUUGUAAAAAUUCAAACCAAAAUCAAAACCAAACAAUGAAUGACGAAGAAGCUUCUAAAGCCACAGAAUCAACUAGUACUACAAAAGAAAGUUCUAGUGAAAGUUCUCACUCAAAUAAUGAUGUUUGCAAACAAGAAGGAUAUUUUGGAAACACAAACGUCUGUACCAAGUUUUAUAGAUGUGUUGAUGACGGUAAAGGUGGAUUCAUAAAAUACGAUUUUGAUUGUGGUGAAGGUACGAUCUGGGAUCAAGACUUAACAACCUGUAACCAUCCUCAAGAUGUUGCUAACCCUUCUUGUACGUAUGUUGACGAAGGAUCGUCAACAGAAAGUAUAUCAAGUAGUGGUUCAACAACACAAUCAGAAAGUAACUCGGAAAACUCGUCGUGCUCACAAGACACAACUAGUGCAAAACCUGAGAACCAUAGGAUCAAAUGUGAAAAAGCAGGGUAUUAUGCGAACCCUGACGAUUGUAAGAAAUUUUACAGAUGUGUAGAUUGGGAUGGAAAUGGAGAAAAAUUUUCGGUAUUUCAUUUUGAAUGUGGAGAGGGCACAAUAUGGGAUCCACAACUUGAUACUUGCAAUCACGAGGACUCUGUUUAUCCAUCACGAAACUGUAGUGGAACUAAUACUCAAGGUGGAAAUAUGACGCAAGAAAACACAACAGAAACAACUACUGAACAAGAGAGUACGGCAUCAUCAGGCCAAAUGACGACUGAAAAAUCAACAACAAAUCAACCCAGUUCUGGCGGGGAGACUACUCAAGAAUCGACAACGAAUGCACAACCUACGCAAAAAACUACUACUGAACAGACCACUGAAAGUUCGACAACAGAGUCAAGUCAAAUUACCACACAGCCAACUACACAGGAAUCAACUUCAGGUGAAACAACUACAAAUAGUGAGCAGUCAACAACUAGUGAACAAACUACAAGUCAAUAUACUACUUCCAGUAGUCAAACUACCACACAACAGUCCACGACCGAACAAACUACCACUGAACAGUCAACAACCGAAAAGUCAACUACCGAAAAAACAACUACGGAAAUGACUACUACAGAAGAAACUACCACGCAAAAAACAACAGAUUCGGAAAACAUGACACAAGAAGCCAUUACUGAACAGACCAGUACUACUGAAAAUACCGACCAAACUGAGAAUACUACGGAAAAUCAAACAACUGCAAGUACUUCAACUACAGAGAGUGAUAGUACUUUGACAACGGAAAAUAAUCAAGAAACUUCGGAUAAAGAAUGUCCAGACACUGAAGAUGAUCAAUAUCUGUAUGUUUGUCCGACAUCAUUUAGAAGACAUCCUAAGUACUGUAAUAUGUUUUAUCAAUGUACAGAAGACGACGAGAAUCAUGAGGUCAAAAUAGCAACAUUCACAUGUCCAAAUAAUACAAUUUAUGAUGAAAGCAAGAUACAAUGUGUGGAAGAAGAUAAAGCAGACAAAAAAUGUAGUGGACAAAUAGCUCGAAAGCACAGAGUAAAGCGACUAAAUUUGCACUCUAGAGAGCCGAUACAAGGAGACUGGGAUAGGCACACGUGUGCUACUACUGGAAAUCAUCCAUUCGAGAAGAAGUAUGAAUGCUCCGUAGUUUUUCUCAAGUGUUUGCAAGCCAAAUCAGGAACGAUGCGGGGUUUUGUUUACCAGUGUCCGCAAGGCUAUGUGUAUUGGUCAAUUAGUAGAAGGUGCGAGAAACGGGAACAAAUGAAAUAUUGUGAAGAAUCGUCGAGUAAAAAUUGGAACAAUCGGUGGGAGAUACCGAUUGAAAGGAGAAACAUAGCCAAGUGA